AUGGCUUUACCAUAUGGCGUACUCACAGACAGAGUAGGACGAAAACCUUUUGUUCUAUCCUCGACAAUAGCGACAGCUCUGAGCGAAGUACGGCCCGGAGUGGUUUGUUCAUCUUAUGUGCUGAUACAUGUAGCCACACUGUUUCGCCUAGUCUCAUUGACAAUCAUCGCCGAACUUGUGGCAUCCCCUAUGGCCACAUAUACUCUGAGCAUUGAACCGUGGAUUCUAUAUAUGUUGGAUGUGGUCAUCAUGCUUGCUGGGGCCGCUUGUAGCAUCUUCGUACCUGAAACCCUCGAUGAGGCGAAAGCAAGAGAGGCGGAAACUGCCAGCGAUCCUGAUGAUGAAAAAAAAAUUGAAGAAACCUCUCAAACUUCGCUACUAAAAAGCAGCGUGUUUGGUAUGACCACCUACAAUCACAGCUCUUUGUCACUGAAACGAGGUGGUGGUGGUGGAGUAAAUCCAGGUUCCUAA